UUCACCACCAACCCGUUCCACAGAAUAGGAGUUAAGGGAAAGAAGUGCCAAUCUUCUCUCGCAAAGGUGCAUUGUACCAUCCUACUGGUACUUGCAGAUUCCAUUUCCCGUCAAUAUCUGCCCCUGCGGUAGUUCAUCGAAUAAUAUUUAGCCAUCUUCCAAUACUCUCCUCCCCCAUUUCCUCCUCUCCCCCUCCCCCAUCUCUUACUUCCUGCCUCUAGAUAUACAAUCACCUUGACCCUAUUCACUUGCACACCCUCCUUGACAACUUUCAACAGUUACGACACCCACACCACAGCUUUAAAUAGCUUCAAAUUCCCAAUCACUUGCGCCUAGAGCCAGCAAAGAUGGCCACCCGCCGACGAAUUCUAAAAGAGCUAGACGACAUGGCGAAGGAUACUACCAGUGGGAUGCAUGCCACUCCCCUGGACGAAGCGGAUAUGACACACCUACAGGGUCGCUUCGCCGGGCCUCCCGGGACUCCAUACGAAGGCGGGGAAUUUGUUGUAGACAUCAAACUCCCAGACAACUACCCGUUCAUGCCACCGCGCAUGAAGUUCAUCACAAAGAUUUGGCAUCCUAAUGUUUCUUCUCAAACUGGAGCUAUCUGCCUCGACACCCUCUCGCAAAAAUGGUCCCCAGUCCUGACUAUCAAGACGGCCCUUCUCUCACUACAAUCUCUUCUAGACGCCCCAGAGCCCACAGACCCACAAGACGCAGAAGUCGCGCAGCAAAUGAUCAAAAAUCCCGGCGCCUUCCGAGUCAAAGCUCAAGAAUGGGCCCAUCGCUUCGCCGGAGCGCCUAAAGCGGAAGCAGAAGUAGUCGACCUUACGACCAAUCCCGCUGGCAACAUUGCCGCCACCUCCUCUGCUUCUCCCGCCGGUAGCCAUGCUGCAAAGCUCCCGCGAUCUGCCGCACCACUGGUCAGCGAGGAGCAGAGGAGACUACAAGAGUACUCUGGCUUCCCACCCAUCGUCAUUGAGCGGUUUACGCCCAUGGGCUUCCCCAUACCGAGCAUCGUGCGCGCGCUCGAGCACGCCGGUGUCCGCAGAGGUAGGAAUAUAUCGGAUAUGGAGGCGGAAAGGAUUGUGGAGCUUUUGUUGCAUUAAUGUUUAAAUUCUAAAAAAAAAUUCCCCUAUUUUCUCUUUU